GAACCGGGUUCGAAGCCGACCUUCCGAGCACCAUACCGGCUCAGCCCUACGGAGCUGACUGACAUGAAAAAACAGAUCGAGUAUCUCCUAGCCAAAGGACUCAUCCGGCCAUCCACUUCGCCAUACGGUGCCCCAAUACUCUUCACACCGAAACCGGACGGAAGCCUGCGCAUGUGCAUCGACUACCGAGCUCUUAACAAGCAGACCAUAAAAAAUAAAUAUCCGAUACCGCGAAUCGAUGACCUGCUUGACCAGCUUCGGGGAGCUACGGUAUUUUCCAAACUGGAUCUGCGGUCCGGAUACUGGCAGAUACGCAUGGCGGACAACUCUAUCCACAAAACUGCUUUCCGAACUCGGUACGGAUCGUACGAGUAUUUGGUAAUGCCGUUCGGACUCAUCAACGCACCGGCAACGUUCCAAGCCGAAAUGAACCACAUUCUACGACCACUUCUGGACGAAUGCGUGGUGGUGUACCUGGACGACAUACUCAUCUACUCGCGCGACAUGAAGCAGCACGUCGAACACCUGCGACGUGUCUUCGAAAUUCUUCGACGGGAACGAUUCUACGUCAAACUGUCCAAGAGCGAAUUCGCCCUUGAAAAGGUCCAGUUCCUAGGACACAUGGUGAGCGCUCGAGGAGUUCACGUCGACCCCAAGAAAAUCGAGGCCGUACGCACGUGGAAGACGCCCGAGAACGUGAAGGAGUUGCAGCAGUUCCUAGGCUUCGCUAAUUACUACAACAGGUUCGAGCCACAGUAUGCGAAAAUCGCAGCACCACUCACGAAUCUGCUGAAGAAGAACACGCCCUACAAAUGGGAACCAAAGCACCAGGAAGCCGGGAAUGGACUGCAACCGAUCGCCUACCUCAGCAAGAAACUACACGGAGCAGAACUAAACUACCCGAUACACGACAAAGAGGCCCUUGCCAUCGUCAUCGCCUUCAAAGCAUGGAGAUGUUAUCUCGAAGGACGAAGAACAACCGUCUACACCGACCACUGCAGCCUGAAAUACUUGAAGACACAACCCAAUCUUUCUAGGCGGCAGGUCCGGUGGAUCGACUUCCUCGAGACACACUUCCACUACGACAUCGUGUACAAGCCCGGCCACAAAAAUAAAGCAGACGCUCUCAGCCGACCUGCACACGUUGCCGCUAUUCAGAUUGAAGGGAUGAAUCCACUACUCAAGGGACUCUUCACACACGGGUACGCCAUCGACCCCGAAAUUCCCUUGGCAGAAAAGCGACAUCUGCUACAGUGGGACAGUGACAUCGCGUACCGGAAAGGAUCAAUAAAAAUCAGGGUACCAAAUUACCCUCCUUUGCGCCAGUUACUACUCGAAGAAUACCACGACGUCCUGUACGCCGGACACUUCGGUAGCAACAAGACGCUCACUGGUAUCGCCAAACACUACUACUGGCCCCAUAUGGCAGACGACGUCCAGAAAUUCGUCACCUCGUGUGAUACAUGUCAGCGGAUGAAGAGCAGCAAGCAGAAAAAGGCGGGACUACUGCAGCCUCUUCCUGUCCCAGAACAACCAUGGCAAGUGGUUAGCCUAGAUUUCAUCACCGGGUUACCACCUACCUCCAGCGGUCAUGACGCCAUCCUUGUCGUCAUUGACAAGUUCUCCAAAAUGGGACACUUCAUCCCGACACACACGACGGCACGCACCGAAGAGACAGCACAGCUCUUCGUUCGUCACAUCAUCUCACAGCAUGGCAUCCCAACCACACUCAUUUCCGACCGAGACCCCAAGUUCACCAGCAAGUUCUGGAAGGAACUUAUGUCUCUCCUCGGGACCAAACUCGCCAUGUCAUCCGCAUACCAUCCGCAGACAGACGGACAGACCUAGCGCCUCAACCAAAUUGUUGAACAACUCC